UUCGCACGUGUUGUGAUUUUCAUCAUUGAUGUGUCAACGCUCUAGAACGACCAUUGGCGGUGUUGUUUAAUUUUCAGUAUUGUAUCUUUUAUGAAAAGUUACAUUAGUUACAGUGACUUACAUAUGAAUGAGUAAGCUUUAGUUGAGUGAGUUUUCCAUCGUAAAGUAACAUUAACAUAGUAUGUAAUAACUAAUAAAGUUUAACCAUGGCUCACUCAUCGGGUUCUUCAGGAAACUUGAAGAAUGGUUUGAUCGAUUUUACGGCUGGUUCUUUAGGGGGUGUAGCAGUUGUAUACGUUGGCCAGCCACUUGACACAGUGAAAGUGAAGAUGCAAACAUUCCCACACCUUUACAAAGGAAUGUAUGACUGCCUGAAGCAAACAUUAAGAAAUGAUGGGGUGAUCAGGGGUUUAUAUGCUGGCACAACACCGGCAAUCAUGGCUAACGUAGCAGAAAACUCUGUACUGUUUGCAGCCUAUGGAUAUUGUCAAAAGUUUGUUUGUCGUCUUAGUGGAGUUGAGAAAGUUGAAGAGUUGUCAGCUUUGGGGAAUGCAUCUGCUGGUUUCUUAGCAGCAUUUUUCUCUUCAUUCACAUUGUGUCCUACUGAAUUGAUAAAAUGUCAAUUGCAAGCCCUGCGAGAAGUGAAUGUCCAGACCUCACAAACAGUAGUUAAGAUAUCGCCGUUGCAGCUCACCCAACAGAUAUUCAGACAAUAUGGCAUUCAAGGUCUCUUUAGAGGUCUGGUCCCAACAAUCAUGAGAGAAAUGCCUGGUUAUUUCUUCUUCUUUGGAGGAUAUGAAGGCACAAGAGAAUUAUUGAAGAAACCAGGUCAGACUAAAGACGACAUCGGUUUCGUACGGACAAUGAUAGCUGGGGCGGUUGGCGGCCUCGUCCUGUGGACGGUAAUCUUCCCCUCAGACGUUAUCAAGUCAAGAAUACAAAUAUCAAACAAAAGUCAAAAGUUCUUGACGGUUGGAUAUGAAAUCGUGCAAAAAGAAGGUGUGCUGGCUUUGUACAACGGUCUCAAACCGACAUUAGUGCGGACCAUCCCGGCCACAGCAGCGCUCUUCGUUGUCUACGAGUACUCCAAGAAAUGGAUGCACCAGUCUUUUGGAGAUUAACUCAUUGCUAAAAUUAGGUGUUUUAGUGCAAUAUUAAAGUUAUUUAUGAACUGUUGUA